AGAGCAGACAGCUUUGGGCGGGUGUUGCUGGCUAAAAGAUCUCUUCCUUCCCCAGAUACAACCCAUUUGUCUGCCUGGCCACCUCCUCCCACCCCGGGAACGGCCGCGCUUGGGUGCACGAAGAUCUCCCCAGGAUGAAAGUCGCCGGAUAAAAUAUUAGCAUCAGGUCACAGCAUUCCUUCCUCCUGGCCAAACUCACAUUACCGAUGAUGAGGAGCUGAGCUGCGAUGCCUGGCCGGUGAUGCAAGGCUCGAUUUUUCCAGCACGGUUUUCCCUCGGGCUCCACGCUCUCCCGCUGGUGCAGCCCUGGGUGGUUUGGGUGUGGAGCUCCGCCAGCCUCCACCCGCUCAGGAUCCGGCCCUGGAAGCUGUCGAGUUGCAGUUACAGUUGGAGCAGGGCUUUCUUGGUGUCCCAUCUCUGCCCCCCUCUCCCGCCUCCGCCGACCCCCAGCUCCUCGCCCGGAGGAAGGGUGCGCGUAGCGUGCAUCUCCCAUCCACCGAAAUCUAUGAUCAGCUCGGUGUGUGUCUCCUCCUACCGUGGACGCAAGUCUGGGAACAAACCACCCUCCAAAACAUGCCUGAAGGAAGAGAUGGGCAAAGGGGAAGAGUCGGACAAGAUCACCAUCAAUGUAGGUGGUACCCGGCAUGAGACCUACAAAAGCACCCUACGGACUUUGCCGGGCACCCGCCUGGCCUGGCUCGCCGACCCCGAUGCCCAGAGCAACUUUGACUUUGAUGGUAAAAGCAAUGAGUUCUUCUUCGACCGGCACCCUGGGAUCUUCUCCUACGUGCUCAACUACUACCGUACCGGCAAGCUGCACUGCCCCGCGGACAUCUGCGGGCCCCUCUUCGAGGAGGAGCUGACCUACUGGGGCAUCGAUGAGACGGACGUGGAGCCCUGUUGCUGGAUGACCUACCGCCAGCACCGCGAUGCCGAAGAGGCCCUGGACAUCUUCGAGAGUCCCGAGCCCGGCGGAGGGACCAGUGGAGAGGAGCCCGAAGAGGAAGGGGGUAGGGAGAUGGCCCUUCAACGCCUCGGCAUGGAUGACAGGCCGCCAGGGGCGGCGGGGGCUGCUGGAGGGGGUGGCUGCUGUCGGAAUUGGCAGCCCAGGAUGUGGGCGCUCUUUGAGGAUCCCUACUCAUCCAAGGCGGCCAGGGUGGUUGCUUUUGCCUCACUUUUCUUCAUCCUGGUCUCCAUCACAACCUUCUGCCUGGAAACGCACGAGGCCUUCAACAUCGACGUCAACGUGACGGAGACCCUUGUGGUUGGUAACACCACGACGAUCCUGCUGACACAUAAAGUGGAGACGGAGCCCAUCCUCACCUACAUUGAAGGAGUCUGUGUCCUGUGGUUCACCCUUGAGUUCCUGGUUCGCAUCAUCUGCUGUCCAGAUAAGCUUCUCUUCGUUAAAAACCUGCUCAACAUCAUUGACUUUGUGGCCAUCUUGCCCUUCUACCUGGAGGUAGGUCUCAGUGGCCUGUCCUCCAAAGCUGCCCGGGACGUACUGGGCUUCCUACGGGUGGUCCGUUUCGUCCGGAUCCUCCGGAUCUUCAAGCUGACACGGCACUUUGUGGGUCUCCGGGUGCUGGGCCACACACUGCGGGCCAGCACCAAUGAAUUCCUGCUCCUCAUCAUCUUCCUUGCCCUGGGAGUCUUGAUUUUUGCCACUAUGAUCUACUAUGCCGAGCGGAUCGGAGCCAAGACGUCCGACCCCCGUGGGAGCGACCACACUCACUUUAAGAACAUCCCCAUCGGGUUCUGGUGGGCUGUGGUCACGAUGACGACCCUGGGCUACGGCGACAUGUACCCCAAGACCUGGUCAGGCAUGGUGGUGGGGGCUCUCUGUGCGUUGGCUGGGGUGCUCACCAUCGCCAUGCCCGUGCCCGUCAUUGUCAAUAACUUUGGGAUGUACUAUUCGUUGGCCAUGGCCAAGCAGAAGCUGCCAAAGAAGAAGAAAAAGCAUAUACCCCGUCCGGCCCCACUGGACUCCCCUACCUACUGUAAAUCCGAGGAAAACUCCCCCCGUAACAGCACCCAGAGCGACACUUGCCCCUUGGCGGUAGAGGAGGGGGCAGCUGAACGGAAGCGGUCAGACUCUAAGCAGAACGGUGAGGCCAACGUGGUGCUGUCAGACGAGGAGCAGCCACUGUCACCGACCGAUGAAGAGAAGCGGCCCAUGCGGCGCUCCAGCACCCGGGAUAAGAACAAGAAAUCCUCCACGUGCUUCCUGCUGGCCACGGGUGACUUCUCCUGUGCAGCGGAUGGAGGCAUCCAGAAAGACACCUGCCAAGACGUCCUCUCUUCCAGUUACCCCCAGGGUGAGGUGGUCACCUUCUCCUGAGCCCCGGCUGGAUGCAGGCAGCGCCCCAGCAAGGGAUGCCUUCCCCGAGGGAUGCUCUCCCCAAGGGAUGCCUUCCCCGAGGGAUGCUCGCCCUGAGGGAUGCCUUCUCCGAGGCAGAGGGCUGUGUGCCCCGAGGGAUGCUUUCCCCAAGGUGGAGGGAUGCUGUCCCUGAGGCUAAGGGAUGCUUUCCCCAAGGGAUGCUCUCCCUGAGGCCAAGGGACGCUCUUCCCAAGGCUGAGCGAUGCAUUCCCCCAGGGCUGCUCUCCCCACAGCGCAGGGAGGCUCUCCCAGAGGCCAAGGGAUGCGUUUCCCAAGGGAGAUGCUCUCCCCGAGGCCGAGGGAUGCUCUCCCCAAAGCCCAGGGAUGCUCUCCCCAAAGCCCAGGGACGCUCUCCCCAAAGCAGAGGGACGCUCUCCCCAAGGCUGGGACACGCAUUCCCCCAGGGAUGCUCUCCCUGAGGCCGAGGGAUGCUCUCCCCAAGCUUGCCCACCGCAGCCGCUCAAAGCUCCGGCUGCCAGCUCCGCAGCGGGGUGGGGGAGAGGGUUGGCAGCUGGGUCCCCCCCAGAGAGGUGCCGCAGAGCAGCGGGGCCGGGAGGGGAGGUCGGGGUGCUGGGGGCAGCCCUGCUCCCCUGCCUGCUGCCAGCCCUGCCACGUACACGCUGCCUGUCUCCCCAGCGCGCCCCUGGGCUGCCCCCCCUCCCCUCGCCCGCGCUUUCGGAUGCACCUCGCCCCUCCGCCUCCGGAGACUCGCCAGCCGCUCACUGAGACAUCGCCUCCCGCGGCUCCAUCCGUGCUCUGACCCCCCCCCCCCCUCCAUCAUCAAACGGCCGCUGGGGACCCUCCUCCGGGGUUUCGAAGGCUCCAUUCGAGGUGCCACGAACAGGUUGCUGCACCAUCACCCCCCUCUCAUGGGUGCUUACCCCGGGGGUGCAGCCCCGAGAGGAUGGGGGGGACGAGCGGGUCGGUUCGGGCGCAGGGGCGGGGAUGGGAAGCAAUAGGUGAAUGAGGUGGGGUGGACCCGGCUGGCCUGGAAGGGUCAGUGUCUUUCUAAUGCUGUUUCAUAUCUUUGUGAUCAAGGCAAUACUAUUCCCAUUUCCGUCUGUCCUGUACGCAUGCCUCUACCUGUCCAACUGUACUAGAGUUCGAAUAAAGACAUCCAUGAGCUGAGUCAGCUCCUGUA